GAGCCCGGGCGCUGGAGGGCGACGGUCAGCGACAAAUCGGGACCUUUGAUAUAUAGGAAAGUUAUGUUUAAUUCCACUGAUAUCAAGUUUUCUGUUAAUUCAUUCCAUUGUUCCGGGCCUAUGAAGUUUACCAUAGAGUGGUAUUUGAAGCAUUAUACCUGUCAAAAUGAAUAUUCUAAGCUGGAUGAGCUGCCCCAACAACCUGAACGUGUUGGUGAAGACUUUUGUGGUAAUUAUUUCAACAACAUUGAAUGUUGGACAACAAAAAAUGUAAACGUAGAUUGCAACAGUGACUUACAGGUGUUUCCCCCAUUAUACAAUAAAGACCUAAUUGCAAAUGUCAGAAACGUUUCAAACCAGGAAGAAUCAAUGGAUGUUGUAGCAAGAACACAGAAAGAUGGGUUUCACAUUCUUAUUGUUUCAAUUAAAACGGAGAAAGCCAAUGCAAACUGGAAUUUGAAUGUUUCUCUUUCUAUGAUGGGGCCAAAAGGAUAUCUUUCUGCAUCAGACUGGCCUCUCAUGAUUUUUUACAUGGUGAUGUGCAUUGUCUAUAUUUUAUAUGGCGUGCUCUGGCUGAUGUGGUCUGCCUGCUACUGGAAAGAUAUAUUAAGAAUCCAGUUCUGGAUUGCGGCUGUCAUUUUCCUGGGGAUGCUUGAGAAAGCAGUUUUUUAUGCUGAAUACCAAAACAUCAACAGCACUGGGCUGUCAGUCCAAGGUUUGUUGAUAUUUGCGGAGUUGAUAUCUGCGAUUAAGAGGACACUGGCCCGCCUCCUGGUGAUCAUCAUGAGCCUGGGAUACGGCAUUGUGAAGCCUCGCUUAGGGACAGUCAUGCACCGGGUGAUCGGACUGGGGCUUCUCUACUUUAUCUUCGCAGCUGUGGAAGGCGUGAUGAGAGUCAUCGGGGCCAAUGACUCUGAUCUUGUGCUUCUGGCCAGCCUCCCUCUGUCUCUCCUUGACUCUGGCUUGUGCUGGUGGAUUUUUAUAAGUUUGGCACAAACUAUGAAGACUCUGAGGCUAAGAAAGAACACGGUGAAAUUUUCUUUAUAUAGGCACUUUACAAAUACUCUGAUCUUUGCUGUGCUGGCGUCUGUCGUGUUUAUGGUGUGGACAACUAUAACAUUUAGAUUUGCAAAAUGUCGAUCAGAUUGGAUGGAAAGCUGGGUUGAUGAAGCGUUUUGGAGCUUCCUUUUUUCACUUAUCCUUAUGGUAAUAAUGUUUUUGUGGAGACCAUCAGCAAAUAAUCAAAGGUAUGCCUUCAUGCCCUUAAUAGAUGAUUCUGAUGAUGAAGUUGAAGAAUUCAUGGUAACAUCUGAAAAUUUAACUGAAGGAAUAAAAUUAAGAACCUCAAAAACAGUUUCCAAUGGAACAGCUAAACCAUCUACUUCUGAUAAUUUUGAUGAAGAUUUGAAGUGGGUGGAAGAAAAUAUUCCCUCUUCAUUCACAGAUGUAGCUCUUCCAGUGUUGGUAGAUUCUGAUGAGGAAAUUAUGACCAGAUCUGAAAUGGCAGAAAAAAUGUUCUCUUCAGAAAAGAUAAUGUGAAACCUACUUAACGGUAAAGGACUCCCUGGGACUGUAAGAGGUCACGGCAACAAGUUUUUAUUGCAUUGUCUUGGAAAUCUGUGUACUCAGAUUAAGAAUUCAGUGGGUGGAGGGGUUUGUACCCUUUUUAAGCUGGCUCUUGAAUGUCAGUUUAAUGUCCAUUAAAUACUUGGAAAUAAUCUGA